UUCCCAGCCCAGGGUUUGCAGCAGCAUAAGGCAGACAGCAGGGGAAAGUCGGUGUUGCCAGAGCAAGCACAACCUCUUCCUCUUCCAACUUGCAGAUUCAGACGCUGAUUCCAGGGGCGCCGUGCAGCGCAGCCUGAAGGUUCACCAUGGUGAAACUCGCCUUCAACACCCCCACCGCCUUGCAGAAGGAGGAGGCGCGACCAGAUGUGGAAGCCCUUGUGAGCCGCACAGUCAGAACUCAGAUGCUGACCAGCAAGGAAGUCCGUGUUGCCACCCAGGAAAAAGAGAGCUCUUCUGGGAGAUGCAUGCUUACACUCUUAGGCCUUUCAUUCAUCUUGGCAGGACUUAUUGUUGGAGGAGCUUGCAUUUACAAGUACUUCAUGCCCAAGAGUACUAUCUAUCAUGGAGAAAUGUGCUUCUUCGAUUCUGAUGAUCCUGUGAAUGCUCUUGCUGGAGGAGAGCCCUACUUCCUGCCUGUGACUGAGGACGCAGAUAUUCGUGAGGAUGACAACAUUGCAAUCAUUGAGGUGCCUGCUCCUAGUUUUUCUGAUAGUGACCCUGCAGUGAUUAUUCAUGACUUUGAAAAGGGAAUGACUGCUUAUCUGGACUUGUUGCUGGGUAACUGCUUUCUGAUGCCUCUCAAUACCUCCAUUGUUAUGCCUCCAAAGAAUCUGGUGGAGCUCUUUGGAAAACUGUCAAUUGGGAAAUACUUGCCUCGUACCUAUGUGGUUCGUGAAGACCUGGUUGCUGUAGAAGAGAUUCGUGAUGUUAGUAAUCUAGGUAUCUUUAUUUACCAACUUUGCAACAAGCGUAAAGCCUUUCGCCUUCAUCGCAGAGACCUUUUGCUAGGUUUCAACAAGCGUGCCAUUGAUAAGUGCUGGAAGAUUAGACACUUCCCCAAUGAAUUUGUUGUUGAGACCAAGAUUUGCCAAGAAUAAGAGGUCGCAGAUUAAGAAUUUUUACAGGAUUAAGAAGUCAGCUAUUUGAAAUGUGACUUCAACAUUUAAGUGUAUGGGAUAUUCAUGAUAUUUACUCAUGCAUUUACUGUAAUAGCAAGGGUAAGUAAAAAAAAAUACUGCUAUUAGGACUCCAGUUCAUACAUACAUGGGUUUUUCAAAACAAUGUGCUUAAACGUGUCUCUGUGAUCAGUAAGUUUUCUCAUUAACACCCUUGUCUUAAUUUCAUUAGGGUGUCUUUAAAAGGAUACAUUUUUGUGCCAUGGGGAGAAAAUAGCCUCGAGGUCAUGGGUAAUAUCAGAUUUUUAACAUAAGUCAAAUGGCCAUCUUCCUAAAUCAUUGGAUUUUAGAACACAUUUAUGGGAAUGUUGCCCUGCACAAAACAAUCAUUUUUAGAAAGUUCAAGUAUAUUAAAGAAGGUGAGGAAGAGUGAUUUGUUGUACAUAGGGUUGCUAUGAGUCAGAACUGACUUGAUAGCACCUAACAACACCAAUAAAAGAGAAGACUUCAAAGGGGAAUUCAAGAAAGUGAAGUCAUGUUGGAAGAUUAUGAUGACUAUUUGGGAAAAUUCCAAAUGACUCAUAUUUCUAGAUUUUCUUGAUGGAUACAGGAUGAUCAUGAGGACAUAUUAUGAAAAACUUAAGUGAAUUGAAAACUACAUUGGUGAGAAAAAGGUCAAAAAAUUGGGCCAAGGAGGUUUUUGUUUUGUCCCCCCCACCCCAAUUAUAACAAUGCGGCAACUUUUUCUUUGAAAGUAUCAAGGCUGUACUCUGACAAUUUCAUUGAGAAACCUUACUCUAUCCACCUUAUAGUCUUCAUCUUUCCCCUUAGUAUUUCAUUUUGCUCCCCCAAACUCAAAGAACAUUAAAAAAUAAUAAUAUUUGAGUCCCUCAAAGGUGCCCAAACUGCCAUUUUGAUGUUGUCUGCAUCAAUGAUCACAGAUUUCUUUUGAGAAAUGUUAGGAUACGGAAGGACUGCCAUUCAGAAGUCAAUAGACCUAACUAAGGGAUGUGAUGAAAAGUAAUAGCUUGACAUUUUGAUUGUUUUGUUUAAUAAAAGUUUCUAUGACUUUAUGCCAAUGCUUUUUGGCUCUUCACACACACACAUACUAACAAUUCUUGUGAAUUCUUACUUUAAUUGGCACUGCGUAUUGUUUAAAUGGACUGAUUCUUAUUGUUCAUCUUCUAAAUUUAUCGGGUUUCGAUUUUUGACAUCAACACGAAUAAAGCAGAUAACAUCCUGAAAAGUAAAUCACAUCAUUUUUCUCUUAAGUAUUAUAGAGUAGACUGUUUUUUCCAUUGAAAACAGAUAACCUUUUUUUCUUCUACUUUGAGUGCAGUAUGUAAAAUGUCAACAUUGUUGUGAGUUUUGUUUUUUAUUUUGUUCUACUUUUCUGGAUUUAGAAGUUAUGUCUUUACAUUUUUGUUAGGUACUCUGUACUUACAUGUGAACUUAUACAUCUGACUUAUAUGUGAACAGUUCUCAUGAGGGAGACAUUUUCACUAAUGCAGUGAUGCUUUCUCACUGAUAUCUGUAUUGUGAAACCCAUAAAACUAUGCAAGUACUGAAUAUUAUAAGGAACUUAGGUUGUAUGAACUCUCCAGCCCUAUAAUAAAUUUUGUCAUAUUCAA